CACCUGAGCUGGGGCCAAUGCAGAACGGGGAGGCUAUGAGCCCACAGGACUCCAAGGCAGCAGGGUCUGAGAGCAUGGAGGAGCAGAAGGCCCAGAGCCACAGCCACAAUGAGGGAUGUGUGGAGCCCACAGCGCCUCCGCUCCCUCCUCCUUCACCACCACCACCACCAGGGCCACCAGAAUACCCAAGGCCUAGGCUCAUCUUCCACACGCAGCUGGCUCACGGAAGCCCCACGGGCCGCAUCCAUGGAUUCACCAAUGUCAAGGAGCUGUAUGCUAAGAUCGCAGAAGUGUUCAACAUCUCCCCUUCAGAGAUCCUGUUCUGCACCCUCAACUCUCACAAAGUGGACAUGCAGAAACUACUCGGAGGACAGAUCGGACUGGAAGACUUCAUUUUUGCUCACGUCAGGGGUGAAACCAAGGAGGUGGAGGUGACAAAGACAGAGGACGCAUUGGGCCUCACCAUCACAGACAAUGGAGCUGGAUAUGCUUUCAUUAAGAGGAUAAAAGAAAGCAGUACUAUAGACCAGCUGAAGACUGUAUGUGUUGGUGACCACAUUGAGGCCAUUAAUGACCAGAGCAUUGUGGGGUGUCGACACUAUGAGGUGGCAAAGAUGUUAAAAGAGCAACCGAGAGGCAUGCCCUUCACUCUUCGCCUGGUGGGGCCUAAGAAGGCCUUCGACAUGAUUGGAAUGAGGACCAGAGCACCAAAAUCUACUGAGGGCAAGAUGGUGAACGGAAGGGAGACGCUGCGUCUUCGCUCCAAGGGCGCUGCUACAGUUCAGGAAGUGCAGAAUGAGUUUGAAGAACGGGCCACCAAGAAAGUGGACGACCUGCUGGAGAGCUAUAUGGGCAUCAGAGAUCUGGAGCUGGCCACCACCAUUGUAGAAGCAGGCAAAGACAAGAAGAACCCUGACGACUUUGCAGAAGCCUUGGACUCCGUUCUAGGGGAUUUUGCUUUCCCUGAUGUUUUUCUGUUUGAUGUAUGGGGCGCUAUUGGUGAUGUUAAGAAUGGCAGAAUGUAAACAUUUAUUGACAAGAGAGUGAACUCUGUUCUCUGGUUCA